UGUGGCAAUUUUGAGUCUUAAUCGGUAAUUAAAUUUGGUUGUCGUAUCAUUACUCUUAUAAAAAUGAUUGAGUUCAAACUCUCAACCUUCUCUUUUUUAUUUUUCUCUUUUUUUACCAUUUAGAAUAUGGAGGGUGUUCAAGAACAAAGUGUGUUUACCACAAAACAAAACAAAACAAAACAAAACAAAAAACCUUCUCAAAAUUAAUUGCACAUUCUCAUUCAUUCCCUAGUCCCUUUCCUUCCUUAAUUCAUUUUACAGUUCAAAUCAUUUUAGAACCAAACAAAAUAAUACUCGUAGUAUUUCUUAACCUUAUUUUCUCUUGUAUUUUUACUUUCUUUUUCUUCCCUCUUUUCCCAUUGGUCUGGUGAGCCAUGAAUGCCAUUUCAAGGUUGAAGCGCACACCCCCACCAUUCGCUGGACCUCUACUCCUUCCUCCUCUGCUACCUUUUCGUCCACACUCGUCCACGCCCGCCUGCUCCAGCAUCGUCACAGAUUCAUCUUCUCUGGUUGAUGAAUUCACCAAGUACUGUUAUCAAAGAGAUCUCCCAAGAGCCAUGCAAGCCAUGGAUUCCAUGCAAAAACACAAAAUAUGGGCCGAUUCUAUCACCUAUUCCGAGCUCAUCAAGUGCUGCUUGGCUCGAAGAGCGAUUUCACAAGGCAGACUCGUCCACAAGCACGUAUUCUCUAAUGGGUACGAGCCCAAGACGUUUCUGAUUAACAUUUUUCUGAACAUGUAUGUUAAAUUCAAUCUAUUGGAUGAAGCGCAAGCACUGUUCGAUCAAAUGCCUGAGAGAAAUGUUGUGUCGUGGACGACAAUGAUAGCGGCUUAUUCUAAUGCUAAGCUCAAUGAUAAGGCCUUGGAGUUCUUGAUUUUAAUGCUUAGAGAUGGAGUAAGUCCUAACAUGUUCACUUAUUCUUCGGUUUUGAGAGCCUGUGAUGGGCUGCCCAACCUUAGACAGCUUCAUUGUAGCAUAUUUAAGAUUGGGUUAGAUUCUGAUGUCUUUGUUCGGAGUGCUUUAAUUGAUAUUUACUCAAAGUGGGAUGAAUUGCAAGAAGCUCUGCGAGUUUUCAAUGAGAUGGUGACUGCAGACUUGGUUGUUUGGAAUUCCAUCAUUGGUGGGUUUGCUCAGAACAGUGACGGUCAUGGAGCUUUAAAUCUUUUUAAGAGCAUGAAGAGGGCUGGUUUUUGGGCCAAUCAGGCAACGCUUACCAGUGUUUUGAGAGCUUGUACUGGUUUAGCACUGUUGGAAUUGGGGAAACAAGUUCACGUUCAUGUACUAAAGUUCAACCAAGAUUUAAUCCUUAAUAAUGCACUUCUUAAUAUGUACUGCAAGUGUGGCAGUUUGGAAGAUUCGAACUCUACUUUUGCUCGGAUGGUGGAGAAGGACGUGAUCUCUUGGAGCACCAUGAUAAUAGGUUUGGCCCAAAAUGGUUUCAGUCUUGAAGCACUGAAAUUGUUCGACUCAAUGAAACUCUCAGGUAUAAAACCAAAUAAUAUCACUAUUCUUGGUGUUAUGUUUGCCUGUAGCCAUGCAGGGCUUGUAGAAGAUGGACAGUACUACUUCCAAUCAAUGAAGAAGCAUUUCGGGAUUGACCCAGAAAGAGAACACUACGGCUGCAUGGUGGAUCUCCUUGGAAGGGCCGGGAAGCUUGAUGAAGCAAUUAAGCUAAUUCAUGAAAUGGAAUGUGAACCAGAUGUGGUUACCUGGAGAACUUUGCUUGGCGCGUGUAAGGUUCAUCGUAACACCGAUAUCGCUAUAUAUGCUGCCCAAAAAAUUCUAAACUUGGAACCCCAAGAUACAGGAACCUACAUACUUUUAUCCAAUAUUUAUGCAAAUUCUCAAAGAUGGGAAGAAGUUGCAGAAGUGAGGAGGACCAUGAGGGAUAGAGGAGUCAGGAAGGAACCAGGAUGUAGUUGGAUUGAAGUAAAUAAACAGAUUCAUGCUUUCAUACUGGGAGACACGUCACACCCACAAAUUGGUGAGAUCGGCAGGGAGCUGAGCCAGUUGAUUUGGAGAUUAAAGGAAGUGGGUUAUGUUCCAGACACAAAUUUCGUCUUGCAAGAUCUUGAAGGGGAACAGAAGGAAGACUCCCUCCAAUACCACAGUGAGAAACUGGCAAUUGUGUUUGGCAUGAUGAGCUUGCCAAGGGAGAAGACUAUUAGGAUCAGGAAGAACAUCAGGAUCUGCGGAGACUGUCAUGUUUUUGCAAAACUCUUGGCAAAGAUGGAGAGUAGGAACAUUGUUAUCAGGGAUCCAAUCCGGUAUCAUCAUUUCCAUCAUGGAGUUUGCUCCUGUGGCGACUAUUGGUAGCAGA